AUGAGGAACCAGUGUGACUUGGCGUCAAAGCUGUCAGCUGCUCAGGUGUGCUCAGGUGUCACUGUCAGUGGUGUGGUGUGAGACGGGAGCAGAGAACGGGAGAUCAACAGGUGGAUGGGUAUCAGAUCACCUGGAGGGAGCUUUUACCUGGCUGAGCUGGAUGUACAGAUAUAUACCUUUCUGCAAGAUAACAGGUAAGACAGCAGUUUCCUUGUGGUUUGUUGCAAUUACAGUUGCUCUAACAGUAGAAUCUGUAUCAUUGAUGGUAGAAGUUAGAUUAGUAGAUUAUUGUUUUACAACAGAGGUUAUUUGGGAAUGGGAGUGAGUAAAGCCCAAUUACUUGUAAGUCACCAUUGAUUAUGGGUCGUGUAUGCUUGUAUGACUUUUCAAAUCAAUAUUGACACAUGAUGAGUAGGUAAACUUGAUUGAAAUCAACAAGUACGGCAACAAAAGACUAUUCCUAGGUAUCAGCGGCCAAACCUCCUCUCACUGCAAAAACCCAGAAGACCAGCAUACAUUUCAAGCUGGUCCACGCUGCUCUGUGCUGGUCUGAUUCUGGUCAAGCUGGUCUGACCAGCAUGGCCUAGCUGGUUGACCAACAUGGUCUAACUCAGGGAUGGGCAACAUUGAUGGGGAUGGGGGCCACAAAAAUCUGAACUCAUCAUGAGGGGCCACAGUGGCUCGCGGGUAUGUGUACCCACAUCCAUACCCACACAUGUAGUCAGACCCCCCUCUUGACAAUGGAGAGAAAACAAUAAGUAAAUUUCCUGCAAUUCUACACAUUUUGCAGUUUUAAAGCAUGUUUGCUGCAAUUCUACAUAUUUUGCCAUGGGGGAAGAGAAGAUUUUGCAAUUUUACAGCCAAUUUCACGCAAUUCUACUCAUUUUGCCAUGGGGUGGAGAGAAAAUGAGCAGUUUUACAGAUAAUUACCCGCAAUUCUACACAUAUUGCCAUGGGGUGGAGAGAAAAUGAGCAGUUUUACAGAUAAUUACCCGCAAUUCUACACAUAUUGCCAUAGGGUGGAGAGAAAUGUUAGCAGUUUUUCAUAUAUCUGAGUGAGAAUGACUAACAAAAUCAAUGGGGGACCGGUAAUUUUAGAUAGCUGGCUAGACUAACUUAUCAAUAUAUAUAUUUUUGCUGACAUGGGCUAAUUCAGUGACUGAAAAAAAUAUAUAUAUACAAAAGUAUGUGGACACCCCUUCAAAUUAAUGGAUUCGGCUAUUUCAGCCACAACCAUUGCUGACAGGUGUAUAAAAUCGAGCACACCGCCAUGCAAUCUCCAUAGACAAACAAUGGCAGUAGAAUGGCCUUACUGAAGAGCUCAGGAACUUUCAAUGUGUCACCAUCAUAGGAUGCCACAUUUCUAACAAGUCAGUUUGUCAAAUUUCUGCCCUGCUAGAGCUACCCCGGUCAACAGUAAGUGUGCUGUUAUUGUGAAGUGGAAACGUCUAGGAGCAGCAAUGGCUCAGCCGCGAAGUGAUAGCCCACACAAGCUCACAGAACAGGACCGCCGAGUGCUGAAGUGCGUAGCGCGUAAAAAUCGUCUGUCCUUGGUUACAACACUCACUACAGAGUUCCAAACUGCCUCUGGAAGCAAUGUCAGCACAAUAACUGUUCAUCGGGAGCUUGAUGAAAUGGGUUUCCAUGGCCGAGCAGCCGCACACAAGCCUAACAUCACCAUGUGCCAUUGGACUCUGGAGCAGCGGAAACAUGUCCUCUGGAGUGAUGAAUCACGCUUCACCAUCUGGCAGUCCGACGGACAAAUCUGGGUUUGGCGGAUGCAAGGAGAACGCUACCUACCCCAAUGCAUAGUGCUAACUGUUUGGUGGAGGAGGAAUAAUGGUAAGGGGCUGUUUUUCAUGGUUUGGGAUCGGCCCCGUAGUUUCAGUGAAGGGAAAUCUUAAUGCUACAGCAUACAAUGACAUUCUAGACGAUUCUGUGCUUCCAACUUUGUGGCAACAGUUUGGGGAAGGCCCUUUCCUGUUUCAGCAUGACAAUGCCUCUGUGCAUAAAAGCGAGGUCCAUACAGAAAUGGUUUGUCGAGAUUGGUGUGGAAGAACUUGACUGGCCUGCACAGAGCCAGGCCUAAUCGCCCAACAUCAAUGCCCGACCUCACUAAUGCUCUUGUGGCUGAAUGGAAGCAAGUCCCCGCAGCAAUGUUCCAACAUCUAGUGGAAAGCCUUCCCAGAAGAGUGGAGGCUGUUAUAGCAGCAAAGGGGGGACUAACUCCAUAUUAAUGCCCAUGAUUUUGGAAUGAGAUGUUCGACGAGCAGGUGUCCACAUACUUUUGGUCAUGUAGUGAAACAAGAGGAAAAAUGCUGAUACAUGACAAAAUUUCGAAAUUGCACCUUGUGCAUUCUACUAUUCUAACUCUCAACUGUAAUUUGAGACCCCGACUGAUCCGUGGGCCUACAAGGGCCGCCAGUUGCCCAUCCUUGGUCUAGCUGGUCAAGCUGGUCUGACUAGCAUGGUUUAGCUGGUUAGGCUGGCCAAACUGGUGAUGCUGGUGACCAAGCUGGUCUAUGCUGGUCCAGCAUGGUCUAGCUGGUCUGCAAAACCAUGGCCAUCAUUAUCAUAUUUACCAGCAUGCUCUAUUGCAGUUAGAUUUUUAGAAAAGGGUUUGUUUCAAUACCUUUUUUAUUUAUAGCAUUUUUGCAUGUACAUUGAUUAAUUCAACUUACGCUACACAAAGAUAAAUAACAUACAUUUUUUUCAAUUAAUCCAAUCUGUUGGAUUUAUUGCACCCGUUACUGAAUGGUUGUUCCAGUUUCACGUAAUUGUCUUUCUAAACCUGGUAUUCAUUCUGAAUGCAGAUUGUGGGUGAAUAAAAGUUCAAAUUGUUGGAUAUCCCCACUCAGGCUGGAUUCCAAUAGGAAUUAAACAUCAUUUUGAAAGCCAGCAUAAUGUGAUUAGAUGCUGGUUUUGCUGGUGACCAGCAUACUGGUAUGCUGGUGACCAGCUUUUGCAGGUCACCAGUGUCCAAAAACACAACGAAGCCUGGUCACCAGCAAAAACACAGCAAAGGCUGGUCACCAGCAAAAACACAACGAAGGCACCAGCAAAAACACAGCGAAGGCACCAACACAAAUACAGCGAAAGCUGGUCACCAGCAAAAACACAACGAAGCCUGGUCACCAGCAAAAACACAACGAAGGCACCAGCAAAAACACAGCGAAGGCUGGUCACCAGCAAAACCAGCAGGGCUAUUAGUAGUGUCUUAUAAUAAGAGCAGCCUACAGUCAAUACCUGUUACCAAACAUCUGAUUCUGUGGUCAUUCAUGCAUACUGUAACGUAAGCGCUGGGCCAGAUGAGAUUACUGUCUGUGUGUGUGGAUGCUGGCAGCCUGCUGCCUCCUGUUCCAGCUCUACUCCUCCGAUCUGUCUAGCAGAUGACACGGCCUGUGAUUAGAUUACAAAUAGAGCAAAUGUUGCUAAUUCACUAUCCAUGUCAGUGACAAUGCUAAUUUGUUAGCACUGUCUGGCAAACUCAGUUGAGUGGCAUCUCAUCUCCUUCUCCUCUUGUGUAGUGAAUUUGACCAGCUUCAAAACUGAAAGUUAAUAUUAAGAGAGUUAGGCAAAACUAUUAUAUUUCUGUGUCUGGAUACAGUGUGGUUUCCUGCAGGGGAAACAGCAACCAGCAAUGAUGGAGUCAUAUCAGAAGGACACAGCCAGAGGGUGGAUGAGAAGACACAGCCAGAGUCUCCUUCAGGAUCUCUUCUACAAGGGUGUUCAAGCUGGGGACAGAGACACACCUGUAAGUGCAUAUGUCAAGAGGGUGGAAAAAUGUGUCUUGGUAUUUCUCUUAAUAAAUGGAAAAAUCUUGACCUGGCAUGUAUGUGAUCUCUCCAUCUUCCUACAGAUACCAGCUCAAUACGGAACUGCUAAUAAGACUGUAGCUGCCAGCAUCAUCAGUGGGAAGAGCAAGCUUCUUCUGCUGGAAAGCCCUGACACUGUGGAAAUCUACGGCGUAUGUGACAAUUAAACAUAUAUUCUGUAUUUACUGUCUUAUUCUCAUUAUGACGGCCCUAGUCAUAACAUUUCAGACAGUUUUUCCAGUUUUGAAGGUGCAUGUCUGAAGGUUUCAUAUCCAGUCUACCGUAAGGAGUUUAAGGACAUAUAACCAAAACAUGUCAAAACACUUAAAAUAAACAAACAUCCUUUCCACACUAAUUAUAAUCAAAAUAUUCGCUCUGGUCUCUUGGUUUGUUUCAGCUUUCACCAUAACAGGUUGUGACAUAAUUUUUCACAGCUUAAUAAACCAGUGGCUCACCCAGGGGUAGGCGGGAUGGGACUUGUCUACCUCCCUGCCAUCACAGCCAAGGCCUCCAGUCUGGCUUCAGUCAGAGGGUCUCUAAGUGCUUCCUGCCCUUAUCUGUACAGCAAACACAGAGGAUCCUUCUCUUCUAUAGGCUCACAGAGAACUGCAGCCUAUAACAACAACAAACAGGUAACUAGUCUGACUGACUCAUAACUGAGAUGCAUUCAAACAAAUAUUAAGAUACUGAGAUGCAUUCAAACAAAUCUGAGAAAAUAUAUAAUCUCACCUUGGGCCACUGUACCAGAGUAACCUAAAGGCAUUGAAGGAGGCCAAGCGAUCCAACGUCACCGUGACGAUGACCUACCUGGGGUCACUUGGUCACCCGGGGUCAGGGUCCGCAGGGACACAGCAGGACGAGCUGAAAGUGCUCCAGCAGAUCUGUGGAGGAGAGAACAUCUGUGUCUUCAAGGGCUUGGUACGACCAGGAGGUAGGUCCAUACAGGGCACUAAAUUAACUUUAAAAAGUUAGAAGCACCAAAUAGUAUUUAGCACAAAAAAAAUGUAUUGAUUUAAAAUGAUUAUAUAGCCUAGGCCCUAGCUUACAUUAGUAGCUAUCCAGGAGCCCCCUUUCUUCCAGUGCUGUCAAGUUACCAGGCAGCUACCCCAUUUCAUAGACGCUAACUACUUUAGCACGUAUUGACGAUAGUAUCUUCUUUACCGGGGGAGUUUUGUUAAGAGCCCAGACGCUCGGUCUGAAAGUUAACACACAUCGCUUGCGGUACUGUUUUGGAAACAUAAGGAAUGUAUCUUUCAUACCAGCAAGAAAUCAUUUCCUAAAAACAAAAAGGGUAAAUUACUACACACCUUUAUAGGGUUAGGGUUAGUGUUCCUACACGGCCAUAUCUCCAUGUAACAGCGCUUCGUUACGGAAGACAGACAGAAGACAUAGGCGGCCAUCUGUGCUAAUUAGCUAUGUAGCGUGCUCCGAACACCUGUGUGUAAGAGUAACUGGGGAGGAAGUGUAGUUCGUCAACUGGAGGCACACAGCGUAUGGAUCUGUGCAAAACUGCUACAAUUAGUGUAUCUUCUUUAUUUGAAAUAAUCUUUCUCGCUGACAUGAAAGAUAAGGUGCAUAUCAGCAUAUGUUUAGAAAAUCAUUUAGAAAGCGAUGAUUAUUGACGUUUGUAAAUGUUAAAACACAGCGUUGGAAUUGUAAUCCACACAGAGCCAACCGUGGGCAAAUGUAACCGCUGAAAACACUACAUACGGAGAAUAAGGGUUUCGAGAGCUACCAGGUAGCCCGCUAUAUAGUAAUAUGACUGGACAAGGUUGUUUGUUAUCAAAUAAAUAGUUAACUUCCUGCAAAAGGGUUUCUGAAAUAAAAAAAUUUGACCUGUGAAACCGCAAUAGAAAAAAAACAAUGUAGCUCCGGUAGCUAAUAUGACUUUUGAACGGUUUUGGGCUAGAAGAGCAGCAUUUAAAAAGGUGCAACCACAGACCAUAUACAGAAUCAGGCUUCAACCGAGCAAAGUUGAUACAUUGUAUCAUUUCACAAUGACAUCAAAUAAAAUAUAAAAAUGAAUCAACACCCAUCCCUCUCCUUCUUUCAAAGUCCAAUCCAAAUCACAUCCCUACACAGGCUCAAGGGCCUGUGAGGGCGGAACAUUCGUCGACAGGAUUCCUUGCAAGGCCUCGGCUGUGAAAUCGCUGAGUCCCAAAAAUAAUUUAGGUGCACUUACAAUUAUACCUAUUUUCUCAGAUGUAUUCUCUGUUUGCGCUGUGCAGUUAUCACCAUUGCAAUAAAUGCAAUGUGGUCUCAGUGCAAUUCAUAUUAUUCUGUAUGUAAAUCUGUGACAUCCAUUUAGUAUGAUAUGUUACAUUACAUCUGAAUGGAAUAGCGUUCGUAAAAUAGUAACUUAUCAUACAUCUUGGAGGACGUACAGUGGGGGAAAAAAAUAUUUAGUCAGCCACCAAUUGUGCAAGUUCUCCCACUUAAAAAGAUGAGAUAGGCCUGUAAUUUUCAUCAUAGGUACACGUCAACUAUGACAGACAAAUUGAGCAUAUUUUUUCCAGAAAAUCACAUUGUAGGAUUUUUAUGAAUUUAUUUGCAAAUUAUGGUGGAAAAUGAGUAUUUGGUCACCUACAAACAAGCAAGAUUUCUGGCUCUCACAGACCUGUAACUUCUUCUUUAAGAGAAUUCUCUGUCCUCCACUCGUUACCUGUAUUAAUGGCACCUGUUUGAACUUGUUAUCAGUAUAAAAGACACCUGUCCACAACCUCAAACAGUCACACUCCAAACUCCACUAUGUCCAAGACCAAAGAGCUGUCAAAGGACACCAGAAACAAAAUUGUAGACCUGCACCAGGCUGGGAAGACUGAAUCUGCAAUAGGUAAGCAGCUUGGUUUGAAGAAAUCAACUGUGGGAGCAAUUAUUAGGAAAUGGAAGACAUACAAGACCACUGAUAAUCUCCCUCGAUCUGGGGCUCCACGCAAGAUCUCACCCCGUGGGGUCAAAAUGAUCACAAGAACGGUGAGCAAAAAUCCCAGAACCACACGGGGGGACCUAGUGAAUGACCUGCAGAGAGCUGGGACCAAAGUAACAAAGCCUACCAUCAGUAACACACUACGCCGCCAGGGACUCAAAUCCUGCAGUGCCAGACGUGUCCCCCUGCUUAUGUCCAGGCCCGUCUGAAGUUUGCUAGAGUGCAUUUGGAUGAUCCAGAAGAGGAUUGGGAGAAUGUCAUAUGGUCAGAUGAAACCAAAAUAUAACUUUUUGGUAAAAACUCAAAUCGUCGUGUUUGGAGUACAAAGAAUGCUGAGUUGCAUCCAAAGAACACCAUACCUACUGUGAAGCAUGGGGAUGGAAACAUCAUGCUUUGGGGCUGUUUUUCUGCAAAGUGACCAGGACGACUGAUCCGUGUAAAGGAAAGAAUGAAUGGGGCCAUGUAUCGUGAGAUUUUGAGUGAAAACCUCCUUCCAUCAGCAAGGGCAUUGAAGAUGAAACAUGGCUGGGUCUUUCAGCAUGACAAUGAUCCCAAACACACCGCCCGGGCAACGAAGGAGUGGCUUCGUAAGAAGCAUUUCAAGGUCCUGGAGUGGCCUAGCCAGUCUCCAGAUCUCAACCCCAUAAAAAAUCUUUGGAGGUAGUUGAAAGUCUGUGUUGCCCAGCGACAGCCCCAAAACAUCACUGCUCUAGAGGAGAUCUGCAUGGAGGAAUGGGCCAAAAUACCAGCAACAGUGUGUGAAAACCUUGUGAAGACUUACAGAAAACGUUUGACCUGUGUCAUUGCCAACAAAGGGUAUAUAACAAAGUAUUGAGAAACUUUUGUUAUUGACCAAAUACUUAUUUUCCACCAUCAUUUGCAAAUAAAUUCAUUAAAAAUCCUACAAUGUGAUUUUCUGGAUUUUCUUUUCUCAUUUUGUCUGUCAUAAUUGACGUGUACCUAUGAUGAAAAUUACAGGCCUCUCUCAUCUUUUUAAGUGUGAGAACUUGCACAAUUGGUGGCUGACUAAAUACUUUUUUCCCCACUGUACAGUAUAACACAUCUUUAUCUGAGACCAAGUUGCUAAUUGCAUGGUAACAACAAAGGAGAAUUAUGGGGAGAAUUUACGUUGGUGAUUAGGGGAACUAACGACAAAUGUUAGGAUAACUUAAACAACAAAGGUUAGGUGAAUUUACGUAGCAGGUUAGGUGAAUUGGGUUAAGUUUAGAAUAAAGCUUACCAUAUGCUUCCCAGUCUAAAUAGUUCGCACAUACACUACCGGUCAAAUGUUUUAGAACACCUACUCAUUCAAGGGUUUUUCUUUAUUUGUACUAUUUUCUACAUUGUAGAAUAAUAGUGAAGACAUCAAAACUAUGAAAUAACACAUAUGGAAUCAUGUAGUAACCAAAGAAAAGUGUUAAACAAUUUAAAAUAUACAGCGAGGGAAAAAAGUAUUUGAUCCCCUGCUGAUUUUGUACGUCUGCCCACUGACAAAGACAUGAUCAGUCUAUCAUUUUAAUGGUAGGUUUAUUUGAACAGUGAGAGACAGAAUAACAACAAAAAAAUCCAGAAAAACCCAUGUCAAAAAUGUUAUAAAUUGAUUUGCAGUUUAAUGAGGGAAAUAAGUAUUUGACCCCUCUGCAAAACAUGACUUAGUACUUAGUGGCAAAACCCUUGUUGGCAAUCACAGAGGUCAGACGUUUCUUGUAGUUGGCCACCAGGUUUGCACACAUCUCAGGAGGGAUUUUGUCCCACUCCUCUUUGCAGAUCUUCUCCAAGACAUUAAGGUUUCGAGGCUGACGUUUGGCAACUCGAACCUACAGCUCCCUCCACAGAUUUUCUAUGGGAUUAAGGUCUGGAGACUGGCUAGGCCACUCCAGGACCUUAAUGUGCCUCUUCUUGAGCCACUCCUUUGUUGCCUUGGCCGUGUGUUUUGGGUCAUUGUCAUGCUGGAAUACCCAUCCACGACCCAUUUUCAAUGCCCUGGCUGAGGGAAGGAGGUUCUCACCCAAGAUUUGAUGGUACAUGGCCCUGUCCAUCGUCCCUUUGAUGAGGUGAAGUUGUCCUGUCCCCUUAGCAGAAAAACACCCCCAAAGCAUAAUGUUUCCACCUCCAUGUUUGACGGUGGGGAUGGUGUUCUUGGGGUCAUAGGCAACAUUCCUUCUCCUCCAAACACCGCGAGUUGAGUUGAUGCCAAAGUUGAUGCUCCAUUUUGGUCUCAUCCGACCACAACACUUUCACCCAGUUCUCCUCUGAAUCAUUCAGAUGCAAACUUCAGACGGGCAUGUAUAUGUGCUUUCUUGAGCAGGGGGACCUUGCGGGCGCUGCAGGAUUUCAGUCCUUCACAGCGUAAUGUGUUACCAAUUGUUUUCUUGGUGACUAUGGUCCCAGCUGCCUUGAGAUCAUUGACAAAGAUCCUCCCAUGUAGUUCUGGGCUGAUUCCUCACCGUUCUCAUUGCAACUCCACGUGGUGAGAUCUUGCAUGGAGCCCCAGGCCGAGGGAGAUUGACAGUUAUUUUGUGUUUCUUCCAUUUGCAAAUAAUCGCACCAACUGUUGUCACCUUCUCACCAAGCUGCUUGGCGAUGGUCUUGUAGCCCAUUCCAGCCUUGUGUAGGUCUACAAUCUUGUCCCUGACAUCCUUGGAGAGCUCUUUGGUCUUGGCCAUGGUGGAGAUUUUGGAAUCUGAUUGAUUGAUUGCUUCUGUGGACAGGUGUCUUUUAUACAGGUAUCAAGCUGAGAUUAGGAGCACUCCCUUUAAGAGUGUGCUCCUAAUCUCAGCUCGUUAACUGUAUAAAAGACACCUGGGAGCCAGAAAUCUUUCUGAUUGAGAGGGGGUCAAAUACUUAUUUCCCUCAUUAAAAUGCAAAUCAAUUUAUAACAUUUUUGACAUGCGUUUUUCUGGAUUUUUUUGUUGUUAUUCUGUCUCUCACUGUUCAAAUAAACCUACCAUUCAAAUUAUAGACUGAUCAUUUCUUUGUCAGUGGGCAAACGUACAAAAUCAGCAGGGCAUCAAAUACUUUUUUCCCUCACUGUAUUUUAUAUUUGAAAUUCUUCAAAUAGCCACCUUUUGCUUUGAUGACAGCUUUGCACACUCUUGGCAUUCUCUCAACCAGCUUCAUGAGGUAGUCACCUUGAAUGCAUUUCAAUUAACUGGUGUGCCUUCUUGAAAGUUAAUUUAUGGAAUUUCUUUCCUUCUUAAUGUGUUUGAGCCAAUCAGUUGUGUUGUGACAAGGUAGGGGGGAUAUACAGAAGAUAGCCGUAUUUGGUGAAAGACCAAGUCCAUAUUAUGUCAAAAACAGCUCAAAUAAGCAAAUAGAUACAACAGUCAAUCAUUACUUUAAGACAUGAAGGUCAGUCAAUACGGAACAUUUCAAGAACUUUGAAAGUUUCUUCAAGUGCAGUCGCAAAAACCAUCAAGCGCUAUGAGGAACUGGAUCUCAUGAGGACCGCCACGGGAAUGGAAGACCCAGAGUUACCAUUGCUGCAUUAGAGUUACCUGCCUCAGAAAUUGCAGCCCAAAUAAAUGCUUCACAGAGUUCAAGUAACAGAAACAUCUCAACAUCAACUGUUCAGAGGAGACUGCGUGAAUCAGGCCUUCAUGGUCGAAUUUCUGCAAAGAAACCACAACUAAAGGACACCAAUAACAAGAAGAGACUUGCUUUGGCCAAGAAACACGAGCAAUGGACAAUUUGUCCUUUGGUCUGGAGUCCAAAUUUGAGAUUUUUGGUUCCAACGGCUGUGUCUUUGUGAGAUGUGGUGUGGGUUAACGGAUGAUCUCCGCAUGUGUAUUUCCCACCGUGAAGCAUGGAGGAGGAGGUGUUAUGGUGUUGGGGUGCUUUGCUGGUGACACUGUCUGUGAUCUAUUUAGAAUUCUUAACCAGCAUGGCUACCACAGCAUUCUGCAGCAAUACGCCAUCCCAUCUGGUUUGGGCUUAGUGGGACUAUCAUUUGUUUAUCAACAGGACAAUGACCCAACACACCUCCAGGCUGGGUAAGUGCUAUUUUACCAAGAAGGAGAGUGAUGGAGUGCUGCGUCAGAUGACCUGGCCUCCACAAUCCCCCGAACUCAACCAAAUUGAGAUGGUUUGGGAUGAGUCGGACCACAGAGUGAAGGAAAAGCAGCCAACAAGUGCUCAGCAUAUGUGGGACUUUUUACACUUCUUGCAUUGCAUCGGGUUUUGCGCAAACGUUCUUACGACGUAUCUUAUAUAUCCCAAGUUUGCAUAGGGUGGUAAUUACUCUUCCCCAAAGAACAAUAAUACAGAUCAACUUUGCUCCUUUUUCCCUUUCUCCAUACGGGUCAAGCAACGUGCAUUAACUACUUCUGCAUUAUUUUGCCUAAGAUAUUGAUUAUUAAUGUCCAACAGGACGCCAGAGAUAAUACCUUUUACUGGUGCCCUGCUCUGAAAAUCAAAGCUGUCCGCUUCAUGCGUUGAUAAUUUCACGAGCCACAAUGCACGCUCCUUUUGCUAUUUAGAUACACACGAUAUCAACACCAUACCACUCCAGGUUACUUGACUGCAUCCACUUUUCCCAACGCCCUCUUCACCAUCCUUGUGACUUCAAAAGGGUUUUCCAAAUAAACAUUAGUUUCCAAAAAACGUACUCAUCAGACUCAUUUUCCCUUUUUGUUCCAUUCUUGGACUUCACUGUUGUCCACUCAUCUUUCUCGCUAACUGUACUAGACGUGUUUUCAGCUUCAAAAGACACUUCUGCUUCCGCCAUCUCCCCGAGCCACCUAUCACCCCAACUGUGUUACAGUUCAGAAAGUGGAGGCUUUCACAUAUUUCAAAAUGGCAUCCUAUUGGUCAGAUUUUUAAAACUCAUUUACCAAUCACAUCAUGUUUUGUUUUACGUUUUAGCAGACCCUCUUAUCCAGAACGACUUACAGUUAGUGAGUGCAUACACUCACUAACUGUACUCAUACUGGUCCCCCGUGGGAAUCGAACCCACAACCCUGGCGUUGCAAGCGCCACGCUCUACCAACUGAGCUACACAGGGAAAUCUAGGCCAGUUUGAAAUAUAUAAACCCUCCUUCAGUAUUUGAUCUGUAACACCUUGAGUUGAUGAAGGCUGAUGCUCCAGUUGCUGAAUUUCCUCUUCACUCAUUCAGGUGAGGUGAAAUAAUACAGUAUCGACUUGCUCGCAAUGUGCGCUGCUCAAAUUAUACAAAUAUAACAACUCUUAGAAUACAUAUAAUUUUGCCAUUAUCUGGGUGAAUAUUUGUUUGGCGCACGGUGCUACCAAAUCAAUCAAAUGUAUUUAUGAAGCCCUUUUUACAUCAGCAUAUGUUACAAAGUGCCUAUACAGAUGUCACGAAUGUCAGUGUAAUGCGGUGGAAGAAGUCAGGCGCAGGACGCAGAAACUCUAAGAAACGUACUUUACUAAAUUAAGUAAAGAACACAACACAGAAUACCUCCACACAGGGAGGAACUAACCCGCUCACCAACGACACACGUAACAAUGAACAAUAACACACAAAUUCCAAAUGAGAGACAGGGGUAAAUAUAUGGAAUACAAUCAAACAUAAUGGGGAACAGGUGAAAACAAUAAAGACUAAACUAGACAAACACCGAAACAUUGAUCGGCAGCAGCUAGUACUCCGGGGACGACGAACGCCGAAGCCUGCCCGAGCAAGGAGGAGGAGCAGCCUCGGCUGAAUCCGUGACAACAGAAACCCAGCCUAAAACCCCAAACAGCAAGCAAAGCAGAUGUAGAAGCACGGUGGCUAGGAAAAACUACCUAGAAAGGCAGGAACCUAGGAAGAAACCUAGAGAAGAACCAGGCUCUGAGGGGUGGCCAGUCCUCUUCUGGCUGUGCCGGGAACCCUGACCUGUUCCACACCACUACCAAAUCAAAAUUCCAGAUCACAGCAAACAUAUUUAGGAGCAUAUGCGACCAAAAUGGUGUUGAUUUUAUUUUGGGGCAUUUCAACUUAGCUUCUACAAAAAAAUGCACUAUAUUUUCCACACGGCUUCUCUGUGUGGAUUUCUCCCUAUAGCACUGAAUCUCAAUUAUUUUUGGGAAAAAGUGCGCCCUGUAGAUGACACAGCCCUUAAACUUAAAUCCAGGUGCACUGUGGCAUACCCUGUUCUCAUACUCCAGCCUCUCGGUGAGCUGUUUUUAUAUGUGUGUCUCAGGGGAUUGGGAAUAAAGGGGGUGAGGGGAGAAAACUAUGUCUCACGGGAGAACCAAGGUAAAGUUUGUAGCUUUGUUGAACUAAUCCUCUUAUAUCCCUUUACAUUAUAUCCUCACCUCUAACUCCCCUGUUCUGUCUCCUGUGUCCCCUCCUGUAGAGCAGUUCCAGUGGGUCUCCCAGAGGCACUGGGGUUACCCCUUUAGUGGCACCAUGUACGUGAACAGGCUCAUCGCUGCUAGGAUCAGCUCCUGCUGUGAGUACCGCUAUGCCCCGGGCUUCCAGCAGGGCAAGAAGAGCUGCUUCAGACUCACCUGGCUGGCUGGAGGGAUGCCCUGCUAUACGUGAGCAUUCAACCCAUAGAUAGACAAUAUAUCAAUAUUAUAUAUAUACACAGUAUAUAUGAUUCAACCUCUUUCAGACUACAAAUGAAUAUAAUGUCAGCUCAACUUCUUCACCUACAAAUUAUUGUCAGCAUUAAACCUAGUUCAAGUUUAUUUAUAGCCAUUUAUUGGAUUUUUCUGUUCGAUUUCUCAAACAAUAAACACACACAAACCAAUCAAUCAAUAAAUAGUCAGUAAAAAUUGCUUAUAUAUGAUAGGCUUUAAAGUCCCUGAAAAAUCUAUUUCAGCUUAAAGGGAUACUUCGGGAUUUUACCAUACUAGCAGAUACCCAUAGACUUCCAGUCAUUGCGCUAACACUAGUUAGCAUUGGCUCGCAAACCUAACUCUAUCUUCCUUCCUAUAGACAUAAAAAUGGUAUCCACUAGUUCAUCUGACUCUGGGGGAGUAGAUAAAGGGCCUCAUUGCCAAAAUCCCCAAAGUAUCACUUUAACCUCUAGCCUAUACAUCAAUGUCACCCUUAACCAAAGCCAUGGCUAUAACAAUGUUUUAUGUUUACUAUAAAAACCUGAAUACAGACUGACAGAAAGCAAGAAGAUCCAAGUCCAUGUCCUAUGGCAGUGAGCAAUGGCUUCACCCACUGUGUUCCUAUUGACCGACCUACUGUGGAAAUAUUCAAGUCAUGUUCAACACUUAUUUUUCAUUAUUUUCAGAUGUACAAGUUUCCGAAACAAAUACAGCUCUUACCAGCAGCUGAACAAUGGCACACAAGAGAACCUUAGUCUGCCUCCAGACCAGAACCCUGGCAAUGGUAUUAAGCAUGGAAAUAAAGGGCUGUCUCAAAGUAAUCAAUUUUCCUACUCAUUCAUCAACAACUUUUUGGGAGACGGUCCAAUUCCUGUUUUAAUGUUCUGCAUAGUCAUAAUUUUAGAAACACAGCACAGCACACAUUUCGAAAAGUUAUUUAUUAAAGAAAUUAUACAUUCAAUUGUAUUAUUUAUUUGAUUGUUCUAAUAGCAUGCUAUGUGUAUGAAUGGAUUGAAUAUCUUGUUCCCCUAAGUUGGUUUUUUUAUCGCUUUGGUACUAUUUUCACAAGUAUGUGCUGAAUUUUAAAAACUCUUAGUACAAAACUCCAAACACUUGUAGUCUUACAUUCAAAACCUUUCACUGUGCAUUCAUUUUGUUUGUAGACAUCUUUCACCACACAACCACUGAUCCAAAAUAUAAGUUUGCUGUGAAAUAUAACGAGAACAUUGAAUUAUUCACCAAAACACAACAUGACGAUAUCUUCUCAAUUUAGUACAAUUGUUAGUUUUUUAUAUACUUUUUACCCCUUUUUCUCUCCAAUUGGUAGUGACAGUCUUGUCCCAUCGCUGCAACUCCUGUACGGACUCGGGAGAGGCAAAAGUCGAGAGCACGACCCUGCCUCCGAAACACGACCCUGCCAAGCCGCACUGCUUGUUGACACGCUGCUCGCUUAACCCGGAAGCCAGCCGCACCAACGUGUCGGAGGAAACACCGUACAACUGGCGACCGUGUCAGCGUGCAUGCGCCCGGCCUGCCCACAGGGGUCGCUAGCACACGAUGGGACAAGGACAUCCCGGCCGGCCUCACCUAACGAUGCUGGGCCAAUUGUGCAUCGCCUCAUGCGGCCGCCUGCGACACAGCCCGGGAUCGAACCCGGAUCUGUAGUGACGCCUCAAGCACUGCCUUAGACCGCUGUGCCACUCGGGAGGCCUCAAUUUAGUUAUUUUAACAACCAGUUAAUCCAGUAAGAUACAUGUUUCAAAAUUGCCCUUUGAAUGUAUUAUGCUACAGUAUUGUAAAUUACUGUACAUUACACUGUUUUUCCAUUAGGCAAGACACUUGCACUACCCAUUAAAAUUGACUGAUCACAUUUCCAUAAUUUCUGUUCCAUGUGUGAUCGAAGGUUUGAUCAUUGAAUGUAAUCAAAUGAAAUAAAUGAAGGAAACAAUGUCUACCAGGCACUAAUUUGCAUCAAGCUUGUCUUGAUCAUUUGGCCACAGGUUCUGGUCAUGCACCUGGGGAAAAACCUUUUGCAUGGCGAAUCCAAGCCUGACAUUCAGUAGGUCUGGAUUGAAAUCAUUGCAUGCCUCAUCCACGGCCUGAAGGAGGGUGGUACACUCAUGGGACUGGCAAUCAUGCAUCUUCCACCUGUAUUGUAAUUGUGUAUUGUACUUGUGAAAAUAGUACCAAAGCGAUAAAAAAAACGGUAUUUGUUACAUACAGUACAUUUACAUUUACAGUACGGUACAGCUCUGAUCAUGUACAUAUAUACAGUGCAUUCGGAAAGUAUUCAGACCCCUUGACUUAUCCACAUUUUGUUACGUUACAGCCUUAUAUUAAAAUUGAUUAAAUUGUGUUUUUCCCUCAUCAAUCAAAACACAAUACCCCAUAAUGACCAAUAAAGCAAUUUUUUAAUUAUGUUUUAUUUUUGCUAAUAAAAUAAAUGAAAAAUAACAGAAAUAUCACAUUUACAUAAGUAUUCAGACCCUUUACUCAGUACUUUGUUGAAGCACAUUUGACAGCGAUUACAGCCUCGAUUUUUCUAGGGUAUGACCCUACAAGCUUGGCACCCCUGUAUUUGGGGAGUUUCUCCCAUUCUUCUCUGAAGAUCCUCUCAAGCUCUGUCAGGUUGGAUAGGGAGCGUUGCUGCACAGCAAUUUUCAGGUCACUCCAGUGAUGUCCGAUCGGGUUCAAGUCCAGGCUCUGGCUGGGCCACUCAAGGACAUUUAGAGACUUGCCCAGAAGCCACUCCUGCAUUGUCUUGGCUGUGUGCUUAGGGUCGUCAUCCUGUUGGAAGGUGAUGCUUUGCCCCCAGUCUGAGGUCCUGAGCGCUCUGGAGCAGGUUUUCAUCAAGGAUAUCUCUACUUUGCUCCCUUCAUCUUUCCCUCAAUCCUGACUAGUCUCCCAGUCCCUGCCGCUGAAAAACAUCCCCACAGCAUGAUGCUGCCACCACCAUGCUUCACCGUAGGGAUAGUACCAGGUUUCCUCCAGAUGUGACGCUUGGCAUUCAGGCCAAAGACUUCAUCCUUGGUUUCAUCAGACCAGAGAAUCUUUUUUCUCAUGGUCUGAGAGUCCUUUAGGUGCCUUUGGCAAACUCCAAGCGGGCUGUCAUGUGCCUUUUACUGAGGAGUGCCUUCCGUCUGGCCACUUUACCAUAAAGGCCUGAUUGGUGGAGUGCUGCAGAGAUGGUUGUCAUUCUGGAAGGUUCUCCAAUCUCCACAGAGGAAUUCUGGAGCUCUGUCAGAGUGACCAUCGGGUUCUUGGUCACCUCCCUGACCAAGGCCCUUCUCCCCCGAUUGCUCAGUUUGGCUGGGUGGCCAGCUCUAGGAAGAGUCUUGGUGGUUCCAAACUUAUUCCAUCUUAGAAUGAUGGAGGCCACUGUAUUCUUGGGGACCUUCAAUGCUGCAGAAAUGUUUUAGUACCCUCGACACAAUCCUGUCUCGGAGCUCUACGGACAAUUCCUUCGACAUCAUGGCUUGGUUUUUGCUCUGACAUGCACUGUCAACAGUGGGACCUUAUAUAGACAGGUGUUUGCCUUUCCAAAUUAUGUCCUAUCAAUUUAAUUUAGCUCAGGUGUACUCCAAUGUAGAAACAUCUCAAGGAUGAUCAAUGGAAACAUGAUGCACCUGAGUUCAAUUUUGAGUCUCAUAGCAAAUGGUCUGAAUACUUAUUUAAAUAAGGUAUUUCUGUUUUUUAUUUUUUAUAAGUGUGCAAGACAUUUCUAAAAGCCUGUUUUCACUUCAUCAUUAUGGGGUAUAGUGUGUAGAUUGAUGAGGAAAUGUUUUAUUUAAUCCAUUUUAGAAUAAGGCUGUAACGUAACAAAAUGUGGAAAAAGUGAAGGGUCUGAAUAUUUUCUGAAUGCACUGUAUGUACAGUAUAUGUUUAACUUACUGUAGAGUAAAAUCAUAUUAGUCAUCAUCAUAGUAGUAUAUUUGAGUAUAUAUCAUACUUUUUAUGUUUCUACUUUACAGACAUACAUUUUCAUCAUGUAGAUCUCAAAAUCUGUAGUAGACAAACCAGAUAUAAAAUCUAUAGGUUUACCAAAUGUUUAAGUGAUCAUCAAUUAAGAGCAGUCAGAUUAAGUUAUAGUAAAAUGUAUUUUAACAAAAGAGAAGAGAAUCAUAUUAAACAUAAUGUGAUAAUUGUACUGUGAAACGCAAAUACCUUAUAUAAAAAUUUAUUGCAAUGUGAAACGUAUUUCUAGAUGAAACACUGAUUAAGUUUGGUGAAAAAGUGACUGUAUGAUUUUGUGUUGUGUUUUAAACAACUGCCUCUUUGAUGAUCUGUUUUGAGUUUUGUACUAAGAGUUGUGGAAAUUUACCACAUACUGUACUUUGCACCAAAGUGAUAAAAAAACUGUACCAUAAUAAUAUUUAUUCUGUAUAGGCACCAUAGUGGAGUCUUGUCCCUCGUCUCCUGUGUUUCUCCCAGCCAAACCAGAAGCCAAGCCAAAGAAGGCUGUGAGGAGGAGAACUAGGAAGAACCUGAAGGACGGGAGCACAGGCAGCUGGUCUACAGACAGUGGAAAUCCUGCUUGUACCAACAUGAAGGAGAACGGGAAGCCAGGGAAGCCCAAAAGACGCAAGAGCCAAUCCCGUCAGACAGAAGACAGCAAGGACACUGCCAAUGAGAGAGAGGACAGCAAGGCUCCAGCCAAUCCCAGAGAAGACAGGAAGGCCCUGGCUAAUGAGAGAGAAGACAGCAAGGGGUCAGUGGGGUCAGGGGUCACAGGUGAGCACGAGGACCUAUCCCUGUCUAGCCCAGAGAGCAGAGCGCACCAGAAAAAGACCAGAAAAGUUAAUAAGACCCCAGAGAAAGACAAAGACAAUGCCAAGACCCCACAGAAAGAGUCCAAUAACAGAGUCAAAGUCUUUGGUAAGUAUUCUUUUACAAUUUUUACCUCCUGUGUGUGUGUGUGUGUGUGUGUGUGUGUGUGUGUGUGUGUGUGUGUGUGUUUGUGUGUAUGUGUGUGUCAUUCUUCAUUCCUAGAGAUGAGAGAAUGGUUAAUGGCAGAAGAGUCUGGCAUCAUGCUACCAUACUUUGAAGUUAAGAUACAGAUGACCCACCAUUAAUCUUUAUCAAGGUAUUUCCAUUUAUGUACUUUGUGAGUUGGAAAGAAAUUGGAACGAAUCAGAGUGUUGCUUUUUAAAGAUUCAUUGCAGGAUGAAGAAGCUCUGAGUAAGCAGAGCGGGACGAAAAAUAAGGAUUUGGGAUCAAAUGGAAAAAGCAGAAAUGGGGAAAGACUGAAGGACUUCUAUAAAGAAUGUGUGGAAAUGAGCACUGGGCUGGACUUGAGCCCAAACAAACAGCACUGGUUCAAGGCAAACAGUGAGUAAAUAAACCAUGGCUCAGUACGGGCUGGGAUACCCCCAGAGUACUUACUGUAACUGAUUUAUAUACACUGUAAUACACAUACUAAUGCCUGAUCUAGAAUAUAAACCUAAAAUCAAUGGCUUUCUGAAUUGAGAAUGAUUAAGUGUUUAAUGAUUAUUUGACGAUGUAUUUAGACAUCCAUCCACCACUUUUCCAUUUCAUCCAAUCAGUGAACAGGCGGUGAAUUAUAUGUGGUCCAUGUCUGUGUGUCCAGUCCUGGAGAGGCGGCGUCUGGAGAAGAAGCUGUUAUCUUUUCCCAACCCCUCGGGCUCAGAUGUGGAGCUCAGUGAGGAGAGCGACAGCACUCUGCACCCAGACAGGCAGACAGGGGACCAGGACAGCGCUGUACUCAACACGGGUCAAACACACAUCUCAACGAUAGAACAAGAUCUACAGGCCCAGGUAGGCUACAUGGUGUGAAAUAAACAAGCUGCGAUUAUAGCAACUCUGUACACAUACUUCUAGGAAGUGAAAAGCAACAGAACAAGCACCAAAAAUGUAAAUGGUGCUAAUUUGUUGAGAACAGGUGUAGAAAAACAAUUAGAAACGUCCCUUUGGAAGGUACUCCAAAAUACACCCCACAAUGACAUGAAGCUGAAUACAGUAAAUUUAAAACAGUGCAGUUUGUCAAAGGGCGUCUGUGUCUGUUACUGUGUCUGUUACUGUGUCUGUUACAGAUGCUUAGCUCAUCAUCACCUUCAGAUGAUGAAGGAGCAUUCAGUUCAACCGUGUCCAUCAUAUGAUCACCUGAUAUAGCAGGCUGAAACAUUCCACACAGUCUAGCAAGAUGGCCUGCUGCAUGUUGACCGUGGCCAGACCAUAACGUUAGUUUCUCAAGUUAGCUAGUGUCUCCCCCCUGACCAGACCUGGGUUCAAAUACUAUAUGAAAUCUUUGAAAUAUUUUUGAGCUAUUGUUUUAGCCUGUCUGGAGUGCCAGGUGGGUGUGGUUUGCACUUUUGGGACUUUUCUAUUGGUUGCAUUGCAACAGGCAGAUCUUAAUCAAGCACAGUUUAAGUAUUUUACAUAUUUCAAAUAGUAUUUGAACCCAGGUAUGCUCACUACAUACCUCCAUACCUCGGUCCAUACCACCACAGUCCCAGUCAGAUCCCUGUCUAAGACGUUCCUCAGUUAUCCUCACAGACAAACAGCAAAUGUCUCGAUCCUCUGCUCACAGAUUAAGGUUCCAAAAUCUGUUUAAUAUCAAUCAAAUGUGACUGGGUGUCACGACUUCCUCCGAGGCUGCCUCCUCUCCUUGUUCGAGCAGGCUUCGGCGUUGAUGGAAAGUCCAGACAGUACCUCCACCGUGCGCGUUCCCCCCAUUUUCCAAAAUUCAGGCAACCAAAUUACCACCUCAUCGGGUGGGGGAUUGCGCGAUAAACCUCCGGGUAGAUGCUGUGCCUCCCAGGAGUCAUGUGUAUCCCCUGUCGCAGGCUGAAAUGGAGGCUAUAGAGACAUACAUCUCAGAGUCCCUGUGCCAGGGGUUCAUACAUCCCUCCACUUCACCCGCCUCCUCAAGUUUCGUUUUUGUGAAGAAGAAAGACGGAGGUCUGCGCCCUUGCAUUGAUUAUCGAGCACUGAACAAGGGGACAAUAUGUUAUAGUUAUCCUCUACCCCCUUCCAUCUGUGAUCGAGUCAAUGCAUGGUGCACACUUUUUCACAAAAUUAGAUCUCCGGAGUGCGUACAACCUGGUGCGUGUCCGAGAGGGGGACGAGUGGAAGACAGCAUUCAGCACAACCACGGGGCAUUAUGAAUACCUGGUGAUGCCUUACAGUUUGAUGAAUGCUCCAUCCGUCUUCCAGUCAUUUGUGAAUGAGGUGUUUCGGGACAUGCUUGGUCGUGGUGUAAUGGUCUACAUCGAUUACGUUUUGGUGUAUUCUGCUACACGUGCUGAGCAUGUGUCCCUGGUUCGCAAAGUGCUGGCCCAACUGUUGGAACAUGACCUUUAUGCCAAGGCAGAAAAGUGUCUGUUUUUCCAACAGUCCGUCUCCUUCCUCUGAUACCGCAUUACCACCUCAGGUGUGGAGAUGGAGGGAGAUCGCAUUUCAGCCGUCCGUUAUUGGCCGACUCCAACCACGGUAAAGGAGGUGCAGCGCUUUAUUGGCUUUGCCAAUUACUAUCAGAGGUUUAUCCGGGGAUUUGGCAAGGUCGCAGCUCCCAUCACAUCACUGUUGAAGGGUGGGCCUUCCCGGCUCUGCUGGUCUGCUGAGGCUGACAGAGCCUUCAGUAACCUGAGGGUUCUGUUCACCUCAGCCCCGGUACUGGCCCAUCCCGAUCCAUCACUACCGUUCGUAGUGGAGGUGGAUGCGUCUGAGGUAGAGAUAGGCGCUGUCCUGUCUCAACGCUCGGGCACGCCACCCAAGCGCCACCCCUGUUCCUUCUUCUCCAAGAAGCUCAGCCCAGCGGAGCAGAACUACGACGUUGGUGAUUGGGAGCUGUUGGCUGUUGUCCGAGCCCUGACCGUACUGGCUCGAGGGGGCGAAACACCCUUUCCGCGUCUUGACGGACCACCGUAACCUGGAGUACAUCCGGGCAACGAGGAGGCUGAACCCUCGCCACGCCGGUAGUAUGGGCGAUGGACGCGGACAUAGAGACUUCCUUACUGAUCUUCCCCUCUCUCAAGGUAACACCACCAUCCUGGUCAUUGUGAACUGCUUUUCCAAAGCCUGCCCCCUCCUUCCUCUGCCCGGUCUCCCCACGACUGCGGAGGCCCUGUUUACACACGUCUUCUGGCACUACGGGGUGCCAGAGGACAUAUUCUCUGACCGGGGUCCCCAGUUCACAUCCAGGUCAGCCUGACCUCUGGUUUUCACCCCGUGUCUAAUGGGCAGGUAGAACGGGUGAAUCAGGAUGUGGGUAGGUUCCUGCGAUCCUACACUCCUACCGGGGGAGAGGUCGGUGUUCUUGCCAUGUGCCGAAUAUGCCCAGAACUCUCUCCGCCACACCUCCACUAACCUAACACCAUUUCAAUGUGUUUUAGGUUAUCAGCCGGUUCUGCCACCAUGGCAUCAGAGCCAGACCGAGGCUCCUGCCGUGGAUGACUGGUUUUGGCACGCGGAGGAGACGUGGAACGCUGCCCACGUCCACCUCCAACAUGCUGUGCGUCGCCAGAAGGCCAACGCUGACUGCCACCGCAGUGAGGCCCCGGUCUUUGUACCGGGUGAUCGGGUCUGGCUCUCAACCCAGAAUCUUCCCCUCCGCCUGCCCUGCCGGAACCUGAGCCCGCGGUUUGUGGGGCCGUUCAAAGUCCUGAGGAGAAUAAACAAGGCUACUUAUAGGUUAUUACUCCCUCCAGAUUAUUGUAUUAACCCCUCGUUCAAUGGGUCUCUCCUCAGUCCGAUGGUGGCUGGUCCGCUCCAGGACUCUGAGGUGCGGGAGGUCCCUCCGCCCCCUCUGGACAUCGAGGGGCCCCCGGCGUACUCCAUCCGUUCCAUCCUGGAUUCGAGGUGUCAGGUGGGGGGCCUUCAGUACCUCAUGGAUUGGCAGGAGGAUACGGAGGAGCGGUGCUGGGUCCCGGUGAGGGAUAUCCUCGAUCCCUCCCUGUUGCGGGAUUUCUACCGUCACCAUCCGGCUCACCCUGCUCCGCGUCCUCCUGGUCGUCCCUGAGGCCGGUGUCGGCGCGCUGCUGGAGCUGCGCGUCAAGGGGGGGUACUGUCACGACUUCCUCCGAAGCUGCCUCCGAGGCUGCCUCCUCUCGUUGUUCGGGCAGGCUUCGGCAUUCGUCGUCACCGGCCUUCUAGCCACUGCCGCUCCUCAUCUCUUCAUUCCAUUUGUUUUGUCUUGUUUAUUACACAGACCUGGUUCAUAUCCCGUCAUCAGUACCUGUAUAAGUGUUCCCUCUGCCCCCUUGUCUUUGUGUGUGAUUGUAUAUUGUGAGAUUAGUGAAGCUCGGUGGAGCUCCUUGUAUUUUUUAUCACCGGGUUAUUUUCCCCGUGUGCCUUCGUGGUUUCAGUGCGCCUGUUUUGCGCACUGGACUGUUUUGAUGCUUUAUUGUGUAACUUUGUAUUCCGGAAUAAAUCCUGUUAUUCUGUGAUUUACCCUCCUGCGCCUGACUCCUUCAAAUCACCACAUCACACUGGGGUGCCGACAGGAAUCGCUGGAUUUAUUGAAGUCUGUGCCAAUAUGAGGAAUUGCUGUCUGAAUUCCGAAAAGUCUCAGUUUACAUAAUUCUAGCCAGUAGAUAUGGAUUGUAAUUCCUCAAUAGGAUGAGACAGAUGUAUUUCAGAAUCUGCGCACUGUAGAACCAUCCAAAACUUCACAUAGCUGGAAUAUCAUAAAUUGAUGAUGGGUGCUGCAUAUUCGUUCAAUCAUAUAACAUAAACAACCUCUGACAGAUCUAAUGACCAGUCUAAAUAGAAGAGUUAUCACUCUGCCUACACUCCUUGUCAUCUCCCUAUCUGGACCCAUCAUGAGGGUGCUACUCUUUCAUUCAAUAUACAGUGUAUAUAUACAGUUGACGUCAGAAGUUUACAUACACCUUAGCCAAAUACAUUUAAACUCUGUUUUUCACAAUUCCUGACAUUUCAUCCUAGUAAAAAUUCCCUGUCUUAGGUCAGUUAGGAUCACCACUUUAUUUUAAGAAUGUGAAAUGUCAGAAUAAUAGUAGAGAGAAUGAUAUAUUUCAGCAUUUAUUUAUUUAAUCACAUUCCCAGUGGGUCAGAAGUUUACAUACACUCAAUUAGUAUUUGGUAGCAUUGCCUUUAAAUUGUUUAACUUGGGUCAAACGUUUUUGGGUAGCCUUCCACAAGCUUCCCACAAUAAGUUGGGUGAAUUUUGGCCCAUUCCUCCUGACAGAGCUGGUGUAACUGAGUCAGGUUUGUAGGCCUCCUUGCUCACACAUGCUUUUUCAGUUCUGCCCACAAAUGUUCUAUAGGAUUGAUGUCAGGGCUUUGUGAUGGCCACUCCAAUACCUUGACUUUGUUGUCCUUAAGCCAUUUUGCUACAACUUUGGAAGUAUGCUUGGGGUCAUUGUCCAUUUGGAAGACCCAUUUGCGAGCAAGCUAUAACUUCCUGACUGAUGUUCAAUUUAUCCACAUAAUUUUCCUUCCUCAUGAUGCCAUCUAUUUUGUGAAGUGCACCAGACCCUCCUGCAGCAAAGCACCCCCACAGCAUGAUACUGCCACCCCAGUGCUUCACGGUUGGGAUGGUGUUCUUCGGCCAAACAUAACGAUGGUCAUUAUGGCCAAACAGUUCUAUUUUUGUUUCAUCAGACCAGAGGACAUUUCUCCAAAAAGUACGAUGUCCCCAUGUGCAGUUGCAAACCGUAGUCUGGCUUCUUUAUGGCAGUUUUGGAGCAGUGGCUUCUUCCUUGCUGAGCGGCCUUUCAGGUUAUGUCGAUAUAGGACUCGUUUUACUGUGGAUAUAGAUACUUUUGUACCUGUUUCCUCCAGCAUCUUCACAAGGUCCUUUGCUGUUGUUCUGGGAUUGCACUUUUCGCACUAAAGUACGUUCAUCUCUAGGAGACAUAACCAGUCUCCUUCCUGAGCGAUAUGAUGGCUGCGUGGUCCCAUGGUGUUUAUACUUGCGUGCUAUUGUUUGUACAGAUGAACGUGGUACCUUCAGGCGUUUGGAAAUUACUCCCAAGGAUGAACCAGACUUGUGGAGGUCACCAAUUUUUUUUUCUGAGGUCUUGGCUGAUUUCUUUUGAUUUUCCCAUGAUGUCAAGCAAAGAGGCACUGAGUUUGAAGGUAGGCCUUGAAAUACAUCCACAGGUACACCUCCAAUUGACUCAAAUGAUGUCAAUUAGCCUAUCAGAAGCCUCUAAAGCCAUGACAUCAUUUUCUGGAAUUGUCCAAGCUGUUUAAAGGCACAGUCAACUUAGUGUAUGUAAACUUCUAACCCACUGGAAUUGUAAUACAGUGAAUUAUAAGUGAAAUAAUCUGUCUGUAAACAAUUAUUGGAAAUAUUACUUGUGUCAUGCACAAAGUAGAUGUCCUAACCGACUUGCCAAAACUAUAGUUUGUUAACAAGAAAUGUGUGGAUUGGUUGAAAAACAAGUUUUCAUGACUCCAACCUAAGUGUAUGUAAAACAUUUUUUUUUUCAUGUAUCGGUUUUCGUUGACAUUGACUCUCUGUUAUAUCUCUGAUUACUUUUCACUGUCAUUAUCUCUGUUUCUAGCUGGAUGCCAUGAUGCGGGUGUUGAACACGUCUGAUGAGGUGGAGCAGCUGGUGCUGAGGAACACUGGCCUGACAGAUGCACUCCUACUGAGCCUGGCCACGGCCCUGAAGAGGAGCCCCUCGGAGGUCACAUUCCUCAAUCUCAACCUCAACCACCUCGGACCCCACGGGGCUCACAUCCUCCUGGACCUACUGGGGGCCAAGCCCCAGGUCAAAGGACUGCUGUGAGUCACUGCGUGUGUGUGUGUGUGUGUGUGUGUGUGUGUGUGUGUGUGUGAAUAACUCUCUCUUAUACAUAAAUUGUUCUCUGAAAGUUUGUGAAUGAAGUUUACUUUUUGAAGAUAGAAGGUUUUUCCAGGACUCCAAUGACAUACUGUAAAUCCAUGGACAUACAAGUGAUCAGGACAAGAGUAGGCUCCAUAUCUCCCAACAAGGUCCUGCUGUGGGCCAAGCCCUAGGUCAGAGGGUUGCUGUGACUCAGUGUCACAAAGCCUUUGAUGUUUAGUUCCAGCUAAUAUGUCACAAUUUAUAGCAACUAUUGCUUGACCCAUGGCCGCACAAGCGUACACGUUAUAUCUCUCAAGAAGAUCUGUCAGGUGAGAGGUCUCCCUUGAAAAAUUGAUGUUUGGACUUUAAUGGGAAAACCUGGUAACAACAGCUGUCCAAAGAAAGCUUUAUCUGUUAGGUGAGCCACUUCAAAGAAAAAUGAAUAUAUUAGUUGGAAGGUGUGAUUGACUGCUGAUUCUUCUUCUUCUCUACAGCUUGUUUGGAAACAAACUGGGAGACCUUGGAGUUCUGACACUACUUAGUGGACUGGCUCAACUCCAGGAGAUAACAAUGAGAGACCCAACAUCACUACAUUGGAUCGAAGACCCACAGGUCCAGGGCCAGAACCUGUUAACACACCCAGUUGUCACCCUCCCUCCAACCACCGAGGGCACUCUCUACCCCUUUUCACUGUUGGAGCUGGACAUAGGAGGGAAUGGGCUGAGCAGCGAUGGCCUGAGGGUGUUGACGUCCUACAUGAGACUCCACUCAAGACUGCAGUACCUGGGGCUGGCCCGGACCACUGGUGCGGACCUAGAGGCAUGGCGGGAGCUGUUUGACUCUCUGAAGGGAAAUGUGACCCUCAGCCAUAUUAUCCUAGAUGAGAUUAACCUAGGAGACCAGGGAGCCAGGCUAUUCGCUGACAUGCUGAGAGACAAUGAGAGCCUGAGGCAGGUGGAUCUGGACAGGAAUGGGAUUGGUGAGGUGGGAGGAAGUGACAUCAUAGAGGCACUGCUUUGUAGGACACAGUUUCCGCUGAGACACCUGAGUCUGGAGGGGAAUGGUAUCAGCGCCGGACUAAUGGGUAGAAUACAACAGGAAGUGAGAUUUAACUGACAAAAUGUAUCCAAAAUUAUGAACAAGGAAGGGCACAGCCCAUAGCACAAAGGAGGAACAGUCAAAAGAGAUGUUGCUGAAAGGACAAAAUAAUAUGGAUUUGUCUGAUUAUUUCUACACAAGAUCGGCAUCUAGCUACCGUAGACGAGACUAGACUAUUCCUCACUGUUAAUAACUUACUUCUCACAUCUAUGUUGAAUCAUCUCAAUUGGAGCUCAGUCAGUGUAGAUUGCAGGUCAGUGGAAGAAAACUCUUCUCGCCAACACACAUGGAGGUCCUUUCCCUUUGCUACUGUAGGUGGCCCUGAUUUAAAUAUCUUUGUAAAGCUCACGGAUAUGACCGUCAGCUCAGCAGGUAGGAGUGUGUUGUGAUUUAGCUAGGCUUCUCUGUGGUCUGGGUGAGUCGUCAGAGAAAAGCCCCAUAAAGUAAGUCUUUCUUCCCAGCGCCUGUGGUGAGGUCAGGCCAGGAUGUUUACCUUGUGCUAUUUUCUCCCCACCCCGAUUUAUGCACUAAUGCUGCCUUCAGGACCACAAUCUCCUCCUUGUUGACGCUUGUUAUUCCCUAGAGUUUAGUAAUCCCCUGGAAAAUGUUGUUUGGAGAAAUGUCCAUAUCUCGUAACCAUGGUGAUGCAAACAUGAAGUGGCACUAUUUAACUGUACUUCCUAUUAGAGACUAAUGUAAAAAAUUAUUACUACAGUAUAUACUGUAUUAGAUGUUUUUGUUAAAGGCAGAAAUAAAGAAAAGCGAAUAAAAAAUAAAUAUAUCCAUCACACAAUAUAUCCAUACUUUUGUUGACAUAAUGACCAAACGUGUUUUGCGUGUUUUUGUGUGUGUCAAUGGAGAGAGGGAAAGAGAGAGACAGCGAGAGAGAGAUAGAGGGAGAGGGAGAAAGAGGGUAUAGGGCAGGGAGUUCUUCCAAGAUGCAGGAUGUUUGGUUUCAGUAGGAAAUGCACUUGACAGAGCAGCCUAAGGUGGACUGAAGGUGGAGUCAUAAGAAACACACAAAGUCACUAGUCUCUUUGAGUGAAAUGAGAUGGUGGAUAGUGGGAACAUGAAGACCGUGUAAUACUAAGAUUUAGCCCAAAACAAGCUGCUUCUUUCCUGAAAAAGAAGACACAAUGCUUUUAUUCUAUGUGGCUCAAGAUUUGAGGGGAAAAAGUCACAUAUGUGUGGGAGUGUUCAGUGGGGUACACAUGAGGAAACAAGUUAAGUAAAAUAAUUGGUACGCUUUAUAUUAUAGGGUGUUAUUUACUUGGUAUUUACCUCAAAACUACACUUGAAAAUGGUAAUUACUCAAUAAUUACCAAAUAACUACUUUUAAGGGAUAUUUUAGCAUAAUGGACACUAGGUAAAUAAAGACUUACCAAACUUUCUUUGCAAGGCACUAACUGUUUACUGUUUACAGUAUGGUAGUAUUUUGGAAUACUGUAUCUUCUAUCUUCUAUCUAAAUCUGAAAUGUACACUAUACACUGUAUUUUAACCCUUUAACUGUCUCUUCUUGAAAAAAUAUUUCUCCUUAACUUCCUAUUACUAACAACUCAAAGAAGACCUUUGGAAAUAACAGAGCUCUACAAGGCGGUUGAGAAGUCAAAAGAGGGUCAUACCAGCAAUGCCAUAACAGAAUGUGAAUUUGCAUAGCAUUUUUACUAAUCUCAACAAUAUUACAAAAAUUACUUUAGGUCUGCGUCAAUGGCUUGUAUAGGUAGGUAAUCAUUUUUAAAUGAGGACUGAUGUCAAAUUUGAACAAAUUAGGGUAAUUUUGUAUGUCUAAACAUGAAUAUUAAAUGACAUUGAAAUAAAUGCGUUUCCAGGUGGUGUAUAAUGCAAUGUCCUUCAAAAUGGUUUUCUUACAUUUCAAAUGAUCCAGACUACAUUUUUAGAUAAAGUGCAGUUUUUUAUUACUAUUAUAGGCAUUAUUUUAUAGGCAACCUUAUGUCUGAAUAUUGAUUAAUUGACCCCAUGGGUCAUGAAAUGUAGUUAAACCUAUUUAUGUUGCCUAAUAUACAGUAGUGUUCAAUUAUAUUUUUCACUAAAAUACAUAAUUUCUAUAUAAAAAAUAAAUGUACCCUAUUCUUAGUCCACCGUACUUUCUACUCACAUAGAAUGAACCGCCUGUUUGAGCACAUCAACAAAAAAAAAUAUGCUUUUCAGUAUUUGUACAUUUUAACGAUUUAUUUUCAUAUUCCUACUCUCCAAGGUCUCUACUAACAGGAAUGGUGCAAUAUUAAUCCCUCAUCAACUGAAUUCCUGCUGUCUUUGGUGACUGAUUUUGAGUUUCUUCACAGCCCUCUGAGUGGGCAAAGUUACAGUGCCACAACACUGAACUGCAGCAACCCAAAAGGAUACAAAUUAUGUUAUUUGGUGAAGGAGGGCUCAGGGAGUUGACCAACCAAGUUCAAGUGAAAAAAAUAUCAUAUCCACUUCUAAAUACAUUGUCAAAACAUGCUCUACCAGCUAGUUGAGAAUAGGGUUUAAAUAGCUGUCAGUCAAUAGAUCAUUGUCUCCAGUCUAAGAAAACAAACUUUUUACAAAUCAAAAAGGGAUUACUAAGAACUAAGCCAAACCAUGUCAUGUAUAGCCUAAUUUCAGUGGUCUCAAUCCUUCAUAAGUUAUACAGUACUUCCUUUCAGAAUCAGACGAAAACAAGCACAAAAUGUAAGCUAUCAGAGAGAGCGUUUUGGCCCCGGUAUGGACCAUGGUAUUGUUCUUUGGACCAACUGACAUUCUGAGAAUAACUGUAGAAUAACUGUAUUCAUCUGAUCAAAGCUUGUCGUCGUAGUGAUUACCCCCAGGGUCAAGGCUGCUGCCAAUAGUUGCUGUGUUGAAACCAAUCCCUCCAUCCCUCUAUCCCUCCAUUCCUCCAUGCUUCUGAAACCAAUCCCUCCAUCCUUCCUCUGUAGUCCUCCUCCCCUGGCCUGGUUUCCUCUCUGCAGCCCCUGAUAAGGAUCCUUUAUGAGCCUCUAUGUGGGCUGACAGACGGAUGGAUGAGACUGACUGACUGACUGACUGGUGCACCUGAAGAUUACAGAGCCUAGCUGAGGAUUUCAGCUAGAUGAGACAGUUAGCUCAAUAUGUUUGUAGAGUAGCUCACACUGACAGGAUGGUGUGGGAAUGAUUGUGGAAUGUAUAUUGUCUUGAUUUUGUCCCGUCAUGCUCUUUCAGUCAUGCCGUACAUUUUGUACAACUUUCGUUGUAUCUUCACUGGGCUAUUAUUUCAGUUCUGUAAAACUCCUCAUAAAUCAAAUCAAUUUUUAUUUGUUACAUGCUUAGUAAACAACAGGUGUAGACUAACAGUGAAAUGCUUACUUAUGGACCCUUCCCAACAAUGCAGAGAGAAAAAUAGAAAAAUAAUAACAUGAGGAAUAAAUACACAAUGAUUAACGAUACCUUACUUGGCUAUAUACACUGGGUACCAGUACCGAGUCGAUAUUCAGGGGUACGAGGUAAUUGAGGUAGAUAUGUACAUAUAGGUAGUGAUAAAGUGACUAGGGAACAGGGAACAGGAUAGAUAACAAACAGUAACAGCAGUGUGUGAUGAGUCAAACGAGUUCAAAAAUGGUCAAUACAGAUAGUCCGAGUAGCUAUUGGUUAACUAUUUAACUAACUUUUUAGCAGUCUUAUGGCUUGGGGGUAGAAGCUGUUCAGGGUCCUGUUGGUUCCAGACUUGGUGCAUCGUACUUGCCGUGCGGUAGCAGAGAGAACAGUCUAUGACUUGGGUGGAUGGAGUCUGACAAUUUUUAGAGCCUUCCUCUGACACCGCCCAGUAUAUAGGUCCUGGAUGGAUAAUGUAUCUCUUUGAUAGGAAAGUCAAAAGAUCAUUAUGUCCUAUUCAUUUCUGAACCAUUUCUAUAGUGACACUUCAGGGGCCUACUAAAAUGCAUCUGUGCUCUAACCAGCAGAGCUUAUUGUUUUUACCUUGAUCGUCAAAGGGGUCAUUCCUACUCUGCAGUGCCUUUUCUGUCCCCAGGAAAUCUCACUUCUUGUUUAGUGUCAAAUGUAUCAGGUGACCUUUACCAUAAAAACACAAAAAUAUGGAUCUUGAAAGAUAAUGUUAUGCAUUUUGAACACUUUUUGUCAGUGGAUUUGGGCAUUUUUGCCAUGUCCCUGGGUUUUAUUCAUCAACUUCCAUGAGAAAAUAUAAGCCAUAAAAUAAUAAAAUACUUCAAAUCUAUCUUAAUUAUUUGAUCGUCCUAGUUCAAUUCUCUCUUAUCAAGAAUGUUUUUUUCAUGAUUAUUGUAUUUAUUAUUAUUAUUAUUUAAGAUUUUCUGUGUGUCCCUGAUAUAACUUUCCACCCUGUUAGUUUGUUGUAAUUCUACAUUUAAGAAAACAACCCCUUCCUACAAUGACACCACAUUCAGGAAGUAUCAUCCUUUCUUUGGUGGGAAAACAAUGGAGUCCAGCUAAAUAAAUAUAAACACUCAUUUUUAUCAAUUCAUCCAUGUUUCAUUUUGUCUGUAUGUCCCACGACUAAAAUGACUGUCUCACUCCAUGCAAUUUCUUAUUGUUAAACCAGCCUGGCCAACAAGAGGAAGGACUGUAAUCCACUGACUAAAGAUAAGACCUUCAGACUUUUCUGUUACAGCUGGACCCAGAUGAGUGACCCCAUUGUCUCCCCACCAAUGUUAUCUAAACCAGCCCUGAAACGAAUACUGUAGUGUUACAAGGCUCUUUCAACUGCGCUCUCUCUCUGCCUGCAGACAACUGUAAUGUUACAAGGCUCUCAAGACUCUUUCAACUGCUCUCUCUGCCAAAGACAGGGCCCGAUAAUAGAACCUCCAUCUUCAAGGCAUUUACAGGUAUGCUUGUGAAAUCAAGUCUUUCUAUUCAAUGCUUGGUAUUGUAUCUACAGGGUACAGUCUUUGUAAUUGACUGCAUUGUGAUUACAGACAUUACACAGUAUGAAGUGAAAAAUAACGCAGAAAAAAUUGAGCAUCUUUGUAACAAACAAAACCUUCCUUUUGAUAGACAUUAACAGGUCACACUCAAUAUAGGCCUCGCACAUGCACACACACACACACACACACACACAAACACACACACACACAGGUCUCUCUCUGUACUUCUUUGUGCGUGGAUCCUUCUGACCUUUCAAGGUUAUGUCUGAGCUGACACAUGAAAAUUCCCUGGUCAAACCUAUGUGGACGUCUGUCUGGGCAGCAGGUGAGAGUUUCUGCCCGUAGUGAUUGAAAUCAGAAUGACUGUAUAGUAGGACUACAGUAGCAAAACACACACAUGUCAACAAACUGACCGAGACAGGUUUAAUGAGGUUUAGAUGAGGAAAUAAGGUUGGUUUAUUCCAGUAAUUAAAAUAUUCUCUUAACCUCUCUCAGGCAACUGUACACACUAGGAUGCUAUCAAAGACAGACAUGGUACUGUGACUGUCCAGUAUGGUUAAUAGAAUAUACCAAUACCUUCAGACAACCAUCCCAUUCACAUCACCACCAUAAACAAAUAGUAGGGACCAUAAGAGGACGGUUUGUGCCCAUUCUUUGGUCAGUGUGGCCAUUCAGGGUCAGUCAGCCCUCUGUCUCUGUCUCAGGAAUAGGAAAGGGGUUGGAUGGAGUGUGUGUUUGUGUAUGUGUGUUUGUGUGUGUGUGCUGUACUGUACUGUACUGUAGACCUGGUCUCUCCCAGUCCCUCCAUUUAAAGAGCCAGUCAGUGUGUUUGUGUAUACAGAGGCCUGGAGGC